AUGCAUUGUACGUAUGAUAUGAUAAGAAAAGUGGUAAAGUUAAAUGGCGACGCAGUGACAUAUAGUAUGCAGGAUGUUGUAAACGAAAUCUUAAAAAGGGUCAUUUGACCUGGCUUGGUGAUUUCAGACAGCGACCAGGCGGCUGGGGCUGUGCUGCACGAACUGCGGAACCCGCACCACCACCCUCUGGAGGCGCAACAACGAGGGCGAGCCGGUGUGCAACGCUUGCGGCCUGUACUUCAAGCUGCACGGUGUGAACAGACCGCUCGCGAUGCGCAAGGACGGCAUUCAGACGCGGAAACGAAAGCCGAAGAAGACGCCGGAGCCGAACGCCAGGUCGUCGUCGAGCGUCGAUCACGAGACCACCGCGGUGUCCGCCGCUUCCUCUCCGUCCACCGAAUUAAAAAAUAGUCAGCAGCAGCAACAGCAACAGCAGUCUCAACAUCAACAGAUCGAGGUGUCCAAGUCGUCGGCUAGUUCGUCGGACAGGCCGGUCUACCUCGGGCACACGUCCCUGUUGGCGACCGGGAGCGUCGCCACGGUGAAGACCGAGCCGCGAAGUUGCGACGGCAUCGUCGGUCAACCCUACUCCUCGUACUAUCAGCAUCCCCAUCAGCUUGGGGUACCAGCGACCAGCGAGCAUCAACAGCAGACUUACUACGGAAGCCAAGAGGCGCCGUAUCAUCAUCAGCAUCACGUUACCGCGGCCGCCAAGUUACUCGCCUCU